UAUUUUUCUACUUCCCUUAGCUUGCCUAAUUCAGUUAUAUCCAAAAAUCUGAAAAAUGGAUUCAACUAACCAAAACCUAACUCAAACAGAAGAUGAAGCAUUCUUAUUUGCAAUGCAAUUGGCUAGUGCUUCUGUACUUCCUAUGGUCCUAAAAUCAGCUUUAGAACUUGACCUUCUUGAAAUUAUGGCUAAGGCUGGUCCAGGUGCAGCCAUUUCUCCUUCUGAGCUUGCUGCUCAGCUCCCUACGAAGAAUCCAGAGGCACCCGUUAUGCUUGAUCGAAUGCUUAGGCUUCUCGCUACUUACUCUGUGCUUAAUUGUACACUCAGGACCCUCCCUGAUGGCCGCGUAGAGCGGCUUUAUAGUCUGGCUCCGGUGUGUAAGUUACUGACUAAGAAUGCAGAUGGUGUUUCUGUUGCCCCACUUUUGCUCAUGAAUCAAGAUAAAGUCCUCAUGGAGAGCUGGUACCACUUAACAGAUGCAGUACUUGAUGGUGGAGUCCCAUUCAACAAGGCUUAUGGAAUGACAGCAUUCGAGUACCAUGGUACGGAUCCAAGAUUCAACAAGGUUUUCAACCGUGGAAUGUCUGAUCACUCUACCAUGACCAUGAAGAAGAUUCUAGAAGACUACAAAGGAUUUGAAGGACUCAAUUCCAUUGUUGAUGUUGGUGGUGGAACUGGGGCUACUGUGAACAUGAUUGUCUCCAAGUAUCCGUCCAUUAAAGGCAUUAACUUUGAUUUGUCACAUGUUAUUGAAGAUGCUCCAGCUUACCCCGGUGUCGAACAUGUUGGUGGGGACAUGUUUGUUAGUGUACCGAAAGCAGAUGCCAUUUUCAUGAAGUGGAUUUGUCAUGAUUGGAGCGAUGAGCAUUGCUUAAAAUUCUUGAAGAACUGUUACGAAGCACUUCCUGCAAAUGGGAAAGUUUUAGUUGCAGAGUGCAUACUUCCAGAGACCCCAGACACAUCAGCUGCCACAAAGAAUGCAGUACAUGUUGAUAUUGUUAUGUUAGCACAUAACCCAGGAGGCAAAGAAAGGACUGAGAAAGAAUUUGAAGCUUUGGCUAAGGGUGCUGGAUUUACUGGAUUCCGCAGAGCUUGCUGUGCUUACCAAACUUGGGUCAUGGAAUUCCACAAGUGAAUUAUCCAAUUCCUUUGAAGGAUUCAAAACAAAAAUUGUUUACCCCUAUAUAUAUAGUGUUCAUUUUGCAAUUGGGAUUUUACUUUUACUCUGAGUGGCUUGACUGCGAUGUAGUAGUGAUCACUGUGAAAUAAAAGAAAAUUAGCUUUUACAUUGAUGAGAUUUAUGUUCACUAUGAAAUAAUUGCUCUUAGAAAAAAGAAUGUGUUCAAUAUGAAGUUCAAUUGUUGGCCUUCGAAAUUACUUGUAUGUAUUUCUGUAAUACACAUGUAUUGAAGGAAUGCAUAGUUUCAAUCA